AAUGAUGAUCGAUGUAGAUGACAUUAUUUCAGAAAAAAUCAAGUGUUCAUAACUUGUUCUCUUAUUUUGAUCUCCAGUGUAUAUUCUGAGCAGAACUUUGGCAUCUCCUCAGGUUGGGACGUUAUUCUUCUCCCUAUAUAUCACCUGCAUAUUACUUUCUGAUCUUCUGCUCCGUCCUACAAGGCAAAGUCUGCGCAGCGUUGAGUAUACUGCACUUCCAUCCCGUAUUGUACUGUGAUACCAGAGGGGAGGGCGCGUCAUCUACCUUCUUGGCACUGAAGAUUAUUGACUUCAGGAAUGAUUGAGAUAAGAGCACAUUAGAGUCAAGUGUGAUUGGUCGCCGCGGACCCAACUGCUGCAUUUUUAUGGCUUUUUUUUUAUAAGGAGAGUAGAGUACUUGAGGGAAGGUCUUCAUCUGGAGUCAGUCAGUAGGAGCCCCUCCAUAGGUGGAGACAACUGCGGUGCGACCAUCUCCUGAAAGGUGACAGCAGCUCGGGUAUCACAAUUCAGCCAUGACAGACACCGAACUGGGCAACAUGACCUUCAAGGAAAUGGAAGAAAAGGAGACCAGAAAGGAGCCGAAGCCCCACUGGUAUGAGGUCUACGUCCAGCCUUGUAUAGCAGAGCUAGUGGGCACCACUCUCUUCGUGUUCAUUGGGUGCCUUUCCGUCAUUGAGAACUCAUCCGACACAGGAAGCCUCCAGCCAGCUCUGGCCCAUGGACUCGCCCUUGGACUGACCAUCGCUAUCCUUGGCGGCAUCAGUGGCGGACAUUUUAACCCUGCGGUGUCCCUGGGCGCCUCUAUAAUUGGAGGACUCAACGUUAUACUGGUUGUGCCAUAUUGGAUUUGCCAACUCAGCGGAGGGAUGAUCGGGGCAGCGCUCGCCAAGGCCCUGACGCUGGAGGAAAAAUUCGCCAAUUCCAGUGGAGCUACGUUCGAUGUGGUGUCCAGUGACGGCCAGGUUCCCCGCGCCCUUGGGGCCGAAAUAGUUAUGACUUUCUUCUUGGUGCUCGCCGUCUGCAUGGGGGCCGUCAAUAGGAAGACCGCCACUCCUCUAGCCCCCUUCUGCAUAGGCUUCACCGUGACGGCAGACAUCUUGGCUGGAGGGGCCAUUUCCGGAGCCUGUAUGAACCCUGCGAGAGCCUUCGGCCCAGCUGUGGUCUCCAACUACUGGGCGUAUCACUGGAUAUACUGGGUUGGACCCAUUAUUGGCGGUCUGCUAGUGGGAGGAAUUAUUAGGUUACUCCUCGGAGACCCCAAAAUCCGCCUCUUCCUGAAAUGACGUGAUACAAAGAGUCUCCCCUCUGACUUCUGGGCUCGUCCUGCACCACCAGCAGAGGGCGCUGUUCCCUCAUUCACCUUCGCAGAACAAGAGACCUGGAUACAAAGUCAUGAACUUUCCCAGAUGGCUUCAAAUACAUGGAGAAAGGAUCCUACAAACACCACUUUAAGCCAAACCACGCUAAACCAAAGCCGGGGGGAGUCUAAAAGGAACGACAGCGACGAGACGCGGUCAUUGCUGACUCCGCAGACCUAACAACUCCGCCACUAGGGGAGGCUCUUAUGUCCAUUGCUCAGUUGACUGCUUUUGGGCUUAAAGGAUUCUGGGAUUGCUUUGCCUGCUUUAUACCCCUUGCGGCAAGCAGAAUACUACCUAGCAGUAUACACAUCAUAAAAAGCUAAUAUUAUAGUAGUUUCAUUACUAUAGCGCUCCGGAGUCAUUAUAACCACUGUGUGGUUCUAUCUUCAUUUAACCAUCAGAUUGAGGUGGUGCCAGAGGGGUUUAUGUGCAUCACCAUGAUACUUUUCAUACACUUUCCAUUUAGUGUGACAGGACGUCACAUGGCCUGACAUAUAUACAUGUGUAGCCUAGACACUCACUCAGCUGCUGCAGAACUGCAUUGAAUAUGAUGCUGAAACUAUGCUGAACCGGGAAUCAUUCCUACACAUGGUUAUUGCCAUGCAUGGCAGAUGUAUGUAGGAGAAUGGCUUACAGCUGGUGCCGAACUACAACUCCAAGCAGUGUAGAGUAAUGCCUACUGGGUGUUGUAGUUUUACAACAGCUGGAAAGCCCAAAUCCUAUGUAAUAGGCCCCAUAAAAAUAAUAAAUAAAUGAGACUUCCUGUAUUACUAUAAACCAGUGUUUCCCAACCAGGGUCCCUCAUUCUGUUGCAAAACUACAACUCCCAUCAUUCCCAGACAGCCUGGAGGCAUCCUGGUUAGGAAACACCACUAUGAACCCAAUGACGUUAUGUACAUAUUCUUAA